CUCAAUCUCUCUCUGAUGAUCUGCAUUUUCCGAACCCAUUUUCUCACUCUUUCUUCACCCGCUCUUUCUCUCAUUCUUUAUAUAUAAUAUACACACAAUCGAAGAAGAGAAUGGAGGCUGUUGCUCUCUCUGAAGAUCUGUCCGAUUCCAGUCAGCGUUCCGACUCAGACAGCGGCCAGCAAAUUUACUUCAUUCCCUACAGUUGGUGGAGAGAUGCACAAGACUCAGUUUUGGGCGAUUCGGAUGGGAAGAGAGGAAUUUUGUAUGUGACCUCGCAAGCUUCCUCGUAUGCUGGACCUAUGAAGAUUAUCAACAACAUUUUCAACUCAGAUCUUGUAUUUAAUCUCAAGCGGGAGGAGGAUACUGUGCACAGUGGUGAAAAUGGCGAAGUGGGUGUCUCAGGCCGAGACUAUGCAUUGGUCCCCGCAGAAAUGUGGGUUCAGGCACUCAGAUGGCAUAGUGAUGCUAAGGCUGCAGUGAAGGAUGGUAAAUGUUUUUCAGCUGCGGAAGAUGACAUGACCGAUGUCUAUCCUCUACAACUCAGACUUUCUGCUCCGCGAGAAACAUAUUCAUUGGGAGUAAGGAUUACUAAAAAGGAUAAUGCAGUCGAGUUCUUCAAGAGAGCCUGCAAAAUCUUCAGUGUGGAGUCUGAGAUGUUGCGCAUCUGGGACUUUUCUGGGCAGACAAACUUAUUUUUUACAAAUGAGAAAAGUAAGUUUCCAAGUUAUCAACGGCAGUCAGAUGGGAUCCCACUGGAGUUGCAAGUAUAUGGGUUGUCAGAUUCCUUUAAGUGCAGGGAAGGGAAAAAAGAUGAGAGGGCUGCACAACAUUCUACCAUCGCAAAUUCCUGUUGUGGUGCCUCAGUUAUGAUGAAUGGUUCUGGUGGAAUCACAAAUUCUAAUUUCAUUCGUUCAUUUUGGGGAAGCUCUUAUGAAGCUGGUUCCUUAGGAUUGACUGGAUUACAGAACCUUGGAAAUACUUGUUUCAUGAAUAGUUCCAUCCAGUGCUUAGCCCACACCCCAAAGCUUGUUGACUACUUUCUUGGAGAUUAUGGUAGAGAAAUAAAUCCGGACAAUCCGUUGGGCAUGGAUGGGGAGAUUGCUUUAGCAUUUGGAGAUCUGUUAAGGAAGUUAUGGGCUCCUGGAGCAACUCCAGUGGCUCCCCGGACGUUUAAGUCAAAACUUUCUCGAUUUGCUCCGCAGUUUAAUGGCUUUAAUCAACAUGAUUCCCAAGAGCUCCUGGCUUUUUUGUUGGAUGGACUUCAUGAAGAUCUUAAUCGUGUUAAAUGCAAGCCUUAUGUAGAAGUUAAGGAUGGUGAUGGUCGAUCAGAUAGGGAGGUAGCUGAUGAGUAUUGGCGAAAUCAUUUAGCCCGCAAUGACUCUAUCAUUGUUGAUGUGUGCCAAGGUCAAUAUAAAUCAACAUUAGUUUGUCCUGUUUGCAAAAAGGUGUCUGUUACAUUUGAUCCAUUUAUGUACCUCUCGCUACCUUUACCUUCAACAAUGAUGCGGACAAUGACGUUAACAGUUGUCAAUACUGAUGGAAAUUCUCAGCCAUCUCAAUAUACCAUUACUGUGCCCAAGCAUGGAAAAUUUGAAGAUCUCAUCCAGGGUUUAAGUGUUGCAUGUUCAUUGGGGGUUAAUGAAACCUUUUUGGUGGCUGAGAUAUACAACAAUUGCAUUUUACGUUAUCUUGAGGAACCAUCUGAUUCAUUAUCUUUAAUUAGAGAUCAAGACCAGCUAGUUGCUUAUCGGUUUAUAAAAGAUGUUGAGCAAGUCCCUUUGGUCGUGUUCAUGCAUCAGCUGAUGGAGGAGCAGUACAUGCAUGGAAAAAUGACAUCAAGCUUUGGAAUUCCUCUUGUAUCAAGACUUGGUAAUUCUGCUAAUGGAUCAGAUAUCUGCAAUUUGUACUUGAAAUUACUUAAGCCAUUUCAAACACCUAGAAACGAUUCCCAAGAAUGUCUUGAUAGUUCAGAGAGCACCACUCUUGAAGAAGUCAGUGGAAUACCUCCUGUUUUUGGUGGGGGUGUGAACCCCUGCUAUGGAAAUGGGGCUGACUCACCUUUGGAUUUUGGUUUUCAGUUUUACAUAACAGAUGAAAAGGGAACUUCCAAGGAUAGAAAGAUAGUAAUGAAUGAGAUAGUAGAGAAAGAAGAGUCCAAGCAAUUAAAUGUGCUUGUAUGUUGGCCAAAAAAGUACAUUGCAGAGUAUGAUACUCGCCUUCUUAGCUCAUUGGCAGAGGUUUUCAAGUCUAGCCUUUUUGCGAAAAAGCCUCAGGAGUCUGUUUCUCUGUAUAAGUGCCUUGAAGCUUUCUUGAAGGAGGAGCCUCUUGGACCAGAAGACAUGUGGUAUUGCCCUGGCUGCAAAAAACAUUGUCAAGCCAGUAAGAAGUUGGAUCUUUGGAGACUGCCAGAGAUCUUGGUGAUUCAUUUGAAGCGGUUCUCAUAUAGCCGAUGUUUUAAGAACAAGCUAGAGACAUAUGUUGACUUCCCUGAUGAUAAUCUUGAUUUGUCAACAUACAUUGCCUACAGGAGCGACCAGUUAUGUAAUCGUUACAUGCUCUAUGCAGUUAGUAAUCACUAUGGAAGCAUGGGGGGUGGUCAUUAUACUGCAUUUGUCCACCAUGGGGCUGAUCGGUGGUAUGACUUUGAUGAUAGCCAUGUUAACCCUAUCAGCCAGGAUAAGAUAAAGUCUUCAGCUGCUUAUGUUCUUUUCUACAGAAGAGUAAUAGAAGUGUGACAUUAGAGUUGAGAUGCAUCUUUGGAAGCCCUUUUAUCGUGGUGAGUGAAUUUUUCAAAUCAGUCCUAGGACUGUAACCCCAAAAUGUCAUUCUUUUAGUCUUCAGCAUUCUUUAUUUCGGAUUGAGAGUUUCCGUUGUGAAUGAAAAUGGGGGAAAUUCAGAAAGAGUGACGGUACCGACCUAUAUAGAGGGGGUGCUUAGAGGAUUGUAACAUAGUGACAAAUGACAAAAAGAGGGACCUAGGAUACUAUAUAGAGUUAUAACCAUUUGAUGAAGAGAAUUGAACUCCCUGGAUUAGAGAGAUUUCUGAAGUGAUCUGCUCUAUGAAAGUGUAAUUUUUUUUACUGGGA